UUCCUUCUUGUUUCUGUUCUAUCAUGCUGGCCUUAAUUUCUUUUUUUUACUUUAUGGAAUAAUGGAACAGUAACGAUCAAGCUGUCAAAGAAGAGCAAUUAAUUCCUGAUCUAAUAAGACAGACAAUUAUAAUGUUGAUAGCUACAUAUGGAACAAAGACUGGGGAGAUCUACAUAUCAACUGUAACUAUCUUCUCUCUAUUUUCUCCUGUGAUAGAAUGCACAUGCAAUAAGCUUUGAAGGUUUUGAUAGAGAUGGGGAAGACAGGAAAAUGGCUUAAAAGUUUCUUGACAGGGAAGAAAGACAGAGACAAGGAGAAAUUUACGAGUAAUCAAACUACUGCUGCCAUUGAAAAUCCAGCAACUCCAACUUCAAUCCUACCGACAACUCCAAAAGAAAAGCGGAGAUGGAGCUUCCGAAGAUCUUCGGCCACUGCAGCAACUCCCAAGGACUUAAAUUCUGCAGAACAAAUUGCUCCCACUACUCCGCCGCCUAUGCAAGCUAUAAUAGACAAAGAAGAUGAGCAGAAAAAGCAUGCUAUGGCUGUGGCUGCAGCCACGGCAGCAGCAGCUGAUGCAGCUGUGGCAGCUGCACAGGCUGCGGCUGCUGUGAUCAGGCUAACAGCUGCUGCCAAUGGGAGAGCCAGCGCAAUUGAAGAGGCCUCGGCCUUAAAGAUUCAAUCCUUUUUCCGUGCUUAUUUGGCAAGAAAAGCACUGUGUGCAUUGAAAGGAUUAGUGAAGUUGCAGGCAUUGGUAAGGGGACACCUGGUGAGAAAACAGGCCACAGCUACCCUCCGGUGCAUGCAGGCAUUGGUGACAGUACAGGCUAGAGCUCUCGCGCAGAGAGUCCGUAUGGGUGAAGAUACAGAUCAGGUUAAUCAGAGGCAAUCAAUCCACAGAAAAUCAACUCAGGACAAUUGGUUGAGGCAUACAUAUCCGGAGAUUGAUAGAGGCAUGGAAGAGAACAUUAAGAUAGUAGAGAUUGAUCAUGGUGAAUUAAACGGAUGUUCAAAGAGCAGAAAUAGCUACUCAAACCAUCCACAAAGUGAAAGAACAGAACACAGAUACUCCACACAUUAUGCUUCACAUCGCGCAUAUUCCAAGCAAGAUAAUUACCAGGUUUCUCCAGCUCCAUCAGCUCUGACUGACAUGAGCCCCAGAGUCUGCAGUGGUCAUUUUGAGGACCACUCUUUUAGCACGGCGCAAAGUAGUCCACAGUACUAUUCUGCUAUAUCCAAACCCGAUCCAUCAAGAGUUCCUUUUGCCUUCCCUAGGACAGAUGAUGCUGAAUCUUUGUCCUAUGACUACCCAUUAUUUCCCAAUUACAUGGCUAAUACAGAAUCUUCAAGAGCCAAAGUUCGGUCUCAGAGUGCGCCGAAGUCAAGGCCAGAUUCAUAUGAGAGGCAACCAAGCCGGCGAAGGCCAUCCAUUGAAGGAAGAAAUAUUCCAAGGUCUAUGCGGAUGCAAAGGUCAUCUUCACAUGUGGGUAUGACAGCUCAAAAUUACCAAUAUCCAUGGUCAAUUAAGCUUGACAGGUCAUCAGUCUCGCUUAAAGACAGUGAGUGUGGAUCCACAAGUACAGUGCUUACAAACACCAACUACUGCAGAUCAGUUGUUGCAUAUGAUCCUCAUGGAAACAGGUACUAACAGUGCAUCUCUCCUCACCAUUGUGACUGGAAACCAGAUAACUAUGCAGACUUCAUACAAUAAUGCAAGCACCAACAGGAAAUGACCAACAAAAGCGAAAUUUUAAUUAUAUAGAAAAUGCUAUAAUUUCCUGACAGAUUUUCGUUCUCGUUCCAGUGUCACUAAAAGGAGUUCUGUAUUGAAGAAACCACCAUGUAGAGGGCAUUUUUUUUUAAAAAAUUUUUUGUUUUGGAUGUUUCUGCAUCAUUUGAUUGAGUGUGUUUCUCAGGAAAAGCUUAUGGCAAAUGAGCUGCAAGCAUUAUGAGUGCAAAGUGAGGAACAUAAUAACGUACUGAUUCAUUAUCUGUCUAUAAAAAGUUUAUAGGGUGUUUUUGUUUCCCA